GACAAGCGGUCCCGGUACAUAAGGCGUUGUGGCCCCUGACCGCCCCGCCUUAGCUCCCGCGCUAGAGAGAAACAUGUAUCGAUUUCGCUCACAGCUCUUCACGGGGAUUUCUGCUGCCGCCAUCGCCCACUCUUCCCCUCGUCGCUUCUCGCCUUUGUUGUUAGCCGAAGAUUUAUCUCUUAGCCACCCGCCGCACAGACGCACGAGUAAAAAGUGCAGCUCCAUCGGCUGAUCCUCGCUGUGCUUCCGACUCCAGGCGGCACCGGGCGUCCCACGAUGCCGAAGAAUAAGAAGCGGAACACUCCCCACCGCGGCGGCGGCGCAGGAGCAGCGGCGGCGGCAGCAGGUGGCCAACAUCGAAAUGUGCAGCCUUUUAGUGAUGAAGAUGCAUCAAUUGAAACUAUGAGCCAUUGCAGUGGUUUCAGUGAUCCUGCUAGCUUUGCUGAGGAUGGGCCAGAAGUCCUUGAUGAAGAAGGAACUCAGGAAGAUUUAGAAUACAAACUGAAGGGAUUAAUUGACCUUACAUUUGACAAAAGUGCGAAGACAAGGCAGGCUGCUCUUGAAGGCAUUAAAAAUGCAAUGGCUUCUAAAAUUCUUUAUGAAUUUAUUCUGGAGAGAAGAAUAACAUUAACAGACAGCAUUGAACGCUGCUUAAAAAAAGGAAAAAGCGAUGAACAGCGUGCAGCUGCAGGACUGGCAUGUAUUCUUUGUGUGCAGCUGGGGCCUGGAAUUGAAAGUGAAGAGGUUUUAAAGACUCUUGGACCUAUUCUAAGGAAAAUAAUUUGUGAUGGAACAGCUAGUAUCCAGGCUAGACAGGCUUGUGCAACUUGCUUUGGAGUUUGCUGUUUUAUUGCCACAGAUGACAUUACUGAAUUAUAUUCAACUAUGGAAUGUUUGGAAAAUAUCUUCACCAAGUCAUAUCACAAAGAGAAAGACACCAAUGGCAUCUGCAGCACCCCUAAUACAGUGCUUCAUAUCAGCUCUCUUUUAGUGUGGACGUUGUUAUUGACUAUCUGCCCAGUCAAUGAAGUGAAGAAGAAGAUUGAGAUGCAUUUACACAAACUUCCGAGCUUGCUCUCUUGUGAUGAUGUAAACAUGAGAAUUGCUGCUGGUGAAGCUUUGGCUCUUCUUUUUGAACUUGCAAGAGAGACUGAUAAUGAUUUUUAUUAUGAAGACAUGGAAUCUUUGACUCAGAAGCUCAGAGCUUUGGCUACCGAUGGGAAUAAACACAGAGCCAAAGUUGACAAAAGGAAACAGCGGUCUGUCUUCAGAGAUGUUCUGAGAGCUGUGGAGGAGCGUGAUUUUCCAACAGAAACUGUUAAAUUUGGACCUGAACGUAUGUAUAUUGAUAGCUGGGUCAAAAAACAAACUUAUGACACUUUUAAGGAGAUUCUGGGAACAGGGAUGCAGUAUCAUCUACAGUCAAAUGAAUUUCUUCGGAAUGUAUUUGAGCUUGGACCACCAGUGAUGCUUGAUGCUGCAACUCUUAAAACAAUGAAAAUUUCUCGUUUUGAAAGGCAUUUAUAUAACUCUGCAGCAUUUAAAGCUCGAACAAAAGCUAGAAGUAAAUGCCGUGACAAGAGAGCAGAUGUUGGUGAAUUCUUUUAGAUUUCUGCUAUUUGAAGACAACUACUCAUUUCCUAAUUCAAGAUCUUUUCUAUAAUUUCCAAAGUAUUUAACAAUUUUUAUCAUGGGGUGGGUGGGGGGACAGUGUGCACAUAUAACUUAGAUAAAUUUUGUAAUAGGGCCUAAAUUCCUUAUAACAUUUAUUAAUACUGUAUAACAUUUAUUAAUGCAGUAUUGCAAAUGAGUGUAAUUAUUGAAGCUUCUUUGUACAUAAAAUUAGUAAACUUUUAAUAAAGUUUUUAUAAUAUUUGAUCAGAAUCCAUUUAUGAAGCAGGGCAAAAAUUCUCAUGGUUCACAUCAAAUAAUUCUUUGACUGAAAAGGGCAUGUUAUAAAUUGCACAAGGUUUUAUAUAUACAUACAUAUAUAUGCAUACACAUACAUACACACGUGUGUGUGUGUGUGUGUGUGUGUGUGUAUAAAAUCUCUUAGACUCUUUGGUGUCCAAAAAUGUUAAUUGACUAUUACCAAUACAAAUCCCUACCCCUUAGGGUUUAUAAAAUUCUGCCAUAAGGUAGAAAAAUAGUGACCUAAUUCUGAAAGUUUCUUAGUCUCUUAAAAAGCUGCUAUAUUUGCCCUUUAAAUGGAAUUUGAUAAUUGUAAUUGUUCAGUUGGCAGACUGGACUUAUAAGGAAUUCCAUUGCACAGUAUGUGCAGACUUUCAGCUAUACAAAGGCAUUAGACAAUAGUGCUCUUGGUAUUUAUGAAAUGUUCUAUGCCAUAUCACUUAUUAAACAUCUUUAGAAGCAAUAACACUGAUUUUAUCUCCUGUGUAAGACCAUGUGUUCAUUGCUUUAAAAUAAAAGUCUUUUCUCA